UCCAAUGUCAUGUCCUUGUUAAUUAGGAUCCACUGGUCAGCCUGAGCAGAACGUUUGAAUACCAAAAUAUUUGAGUUUAGCAGUGGCCAUCUAUAUUCUAUAUAUAGAACCACCAUGGCUGCCCACUGAUUCACAAACACAGAGCUUUAUCCAAAAACACACAGACGUCACCUUCUCCAUUCUCUAUCAAGAUAUUAAAGCCUACUGAUCGAUUAGCCAUGUUUCUCGAGCUGUUAGACUUCUCCUCCCUUCUCCUCCUCCCCUUGCUUUUCUUCAUCCUCAAGCUUUCCGGCAACUCGAAAACCAACAGCAACAGCAAGCUCCCCAAAUCAUACCCAAUAAUCGGUUCAUUCCCAGCCCUCUACAAGAACUAUGCCAAUAGACUCCCAUGGUUCACUGAGCUUCUUCAAGACUCGCCCACAUCUACUAUUACUAUGCACCAUUCUCUGGGCCACCACUUCGUCGUCACCGCCAACCCAGCCGUGGUCCAGCACAUCCUCAAGACAAAGUUCCACAUCUACCAAAAGGGCGAGUCCUUCCGUACAACUCUCCACGACCUCCUGGGCGGUGGGAUUUUCAACGCCGACGGUGACAAUUGGAGGUUCCAGCGGCAACUCUCCAGCCAUGAAUUCAACACAAAGUCCCUCAGGAAAUUUGUGGAAGACGUGGUGGACACUGAGCUCUACGAUCGGCUGAUCCCCAUUCUAUCCAAAUCUUCCUGCGACCGAACCGUUCUCGAUUUCCAAGACAUUCUCCAGCGGUUCGCCUUCGACAACAUUUGCCGGAUCGGGUUCGGUUACGACCCGGAGUAUCUCCUUCCUUCUCUGCCGCAAGCCAAAUUCGCGGUGGCGUUCGACGAUGCGGUCCAAAUCAGCGGCGAAAGGUUCAGUUCCAUGCGCCCGGUGUGGAAGAUCAAACGAGCUCUCGAAAUCGGAUCGGAAAGCCAUCUCCGCCGUGUGGUCUCCGAUGUCCGAGAGUUUGCGAACACCAUCGUCAAGCAAAAGAAGCGUGAAAUAGACGAGAAGAAGACUCUGGUGUCUCACGAUCUACUGUCUAGAUUCUUGAGCUCCGGCCACUCCGACGAGAAAUUCGUCACUGACAUAGUCAUCAGCUUCAUCCUCGCUGGAAGGGACACGACCUCGGCUGCUUUGACCUGGUUCUUUUGGCUAAUCUCAAAACAUCCAAACGUCGAAAGCCAAAUUCUCAAGGAGAUCAAUGAGAAAAUGGAGACCGGAGUCGGAUAUGAUGAAGCGAAGGAGAUGGUGUACACACACGCGGCGCUCUGUGAGAGCAUGAGGCUGUACCCGCCUGUUCCGACGGACAGCAAAGAGGCGGUAGAAGAUGACGUUUUUCCGGACGGGACUAAAGUGAAGAAGGGGAUGAAAGUGACGUACCACGUGUACGCAAUGGGGCGGAUGGAGCAGAUAUGGGGCAAGGAUUGGGCCGAGUUCCGCCCCGAGAGGUGGUUGGAGCGUGAUGUGGCGACAGAGAAGUGGAGGUUCGUGGCGAAGGACUCCUUUAGCUACCCGGUGUUUCAGGCGGGGCCGAGGAUCUGUUUGGGGAAGGAGAUGGCCUUUUUGCAGAUGAAAAGGGUGGUGGGUGAGGUUUUGAAGAGGUUUAAAGUUGUGCCGGAGAAGAGGGAGAAUGGAAAGGAGCCGGAGUUUCUUGCCUACCUCACCGGAAAAAUGAAAGGUGGGUUUCCAGUUACCGUUGUUGUGAGAGCUUGAGUAUUGGACUAUUUAUAGCUCUUAAAGACUAUAUAUACGUUUGUACCAAAAAAAAAAAGAUAGACUAUAUAUACGUACGGUUUCCCGCUGUUUUAAUUUGGUCUUUUAUGUUGUAGAGAAUUGGAUAAUUGUAUUGUAUUCAUCUCACCAUGAGGUUUAUAUAGGGUUACAUCAUGUAUACAAAAGGAAAUACAUAAUAGCUACACUAAUCAAUCGCACA